AGCCCCGCAAUCCCGGUUCAGCAAUUCCCCCUCCCUGGAGAGAAGAGAGUGACUCGUGGGGCGGAGGGUGACUCAAGCCCUCUGCAGAGGAUAAAUGGGCCGGGCUGGGCUGGGCGUCGCACACAGCUCCCGCGAAGCCACUCGCUCCAGACCCAGAGGACUGCACUGUUGCCGCCCCACGACCAGACAUGGGGCUCACCUGCCCGGCGGCUUUCCUCCUGGCAGUCUUGUCCUUAGGCUGUCCCACUUGGGCCGUCCCGGUCCAGUCUCAGGAGCCGGUGGUCAUCACCUUCCCCGGGGACCUGGUCAGUGGGAUGACAGACAUGGAGCUGGCAAACACCUACCUCCAGCGUUUUGGAUACCUCCAAGAGCCCGGGAUCGUGGGAGGUGCCAGUCAGGUGACCCUGGACUCCGCUCUCAAGAAGAUGCAGCAGCACCUGGGCUUGAAAGAGACGGGGCAGCUGGACCCCCAAACGCUGGACGCCAUGCGAGCCCCUCGUUGCGGAGUGCCGGACGUCGGCAGCUUCCAGACUUUCCAGGGAGACCUCAAGUGGGACCACAAUGACAUCACCUACCAAGUGCAGAAUUACUCCCCCGACCUGGACCCCUCCAUCAUCGACGAUGCCUUUCAAAGAGCCUUCAAGGUGUGGAGCGACGUCACGCCCCUCACGUUCACUCGCAAGGACAGUGGGAAGGUGGACAUCGAGAUCUGGUUCGGAACGGAAGAACAUGGCGACGGCUACCCCUUUGAUGGCAAGGACGGGCUCCUGGCCCACGCCUUCCCUCCCGGCAAAGACCGGUUCAGCGGAGAUGCCCACUUUGACGACGACGAAUUCUGGACUCUGGGCACAGGGAAGGUGGUGAAGACCUUCUAUGGGAAUGCCAACGGGGCUCUCUGCCACUUCCCCUACGUCUUUGAGGGAAAGUCCUACUCCACCUGCACCACGGAGGGGCGUUCGGAUGGCUUGCCCUGGUGUUCCACCACGGCCAACUUCGACAAGGAUAAGCUCUACGGCUUCUGCCCCAGCGAACGUCUGCACAGUUCGUAUGACGGGAACAGCGACGGAGAGAAGUGUGUCUUUCCCUUCAUCUUUGACGGCAAAUCCCUAAUGGCUAUAAGCUGCACCACGGAAGAAGCUGAUGCGCACUGAGAUGCUGGAUUAUCACAGGUCUUUGCAACCACUGACAACUUUGAUCACGACAAGAAAUAUGGCUUCUGCCCCACCCGAGACUCUGCUGUCAUUGGCGGGAACUCCCCUGGCGAGACGUGCGUCUUCCCUUUCACCUUCCUGGGCCAGAUGUACAGUGCCUGCACUUCCGAGGGGCGUGGCGACGGGAAGCUCUGGUGUGCCACGACAGGCAACUAUGACACGGACAAGAAGUGGGGCUUCUGCCCUGAUAAAGGGUACAGCCUGUUCCUGGUGGCAGCGCACGAGUUUGGCCACUCGCUGGGACUGGAGCACUCCAGCGUGCAGGAAGCGCUGAUGUACCCCAUGUACAGCUACAUCGCGGACUUCCACCUGCACGCAGAUGACGUGGCCGGCAUCCAGUUCCUCUACGGUUCUGGAACUGGGCCCAGCCCCCCGACUCAAAGGCCCGACGUCCCCAGCCCCCCGACUCAAAGGCCUGACGUCCCCAGCCCCCCGACUCAAAGGCCUGAUGUCCCCAGCCCCCCGACUCAAAGACCUGAUGUCUCCACUCAAGCCACCACGGAGUCUGAUGACUCGUCCACCUCUGGCGAGGAUGGCUCUGUGACCACCUCCACCCCAGUGGUACCCACAAGCGAUGCCUGCAAAGUCCAGGGAUUUGAUGCCCUGGCACAGAUCAAGAAGGAGCUCCACCUCUUCAAGAAUGGGCAAUACUGGAAGAAGCUGGUGGCCGAGAAGGGGCUGAUCAAAGGGCCGCUGCGGAUCCAGGACACCUGGCCAGGACUCCCGGACGUGAUCGAUGCGGCCUUCCAAGACAAGCAGACCAAGAAGCUGUUCUUCUUCUCCGGUCAGCGCUUCUGGGUGCACCAGGAGGCGAGAGUGUUGGGCCCACGGAGCAUUGAGAAGCUGGGCAUCGGCAGCGACGUGCCAAAGAUCUUUGGGGCUCUCCCGAGAGGCCGGGGCAAAGUCCUGCUCUUCAGCGGAGACCAGUUCUGGAGGUUGGAUGUCAAGGCUGAGCGGGUGGACCGAGGCUACCCCAAGCGCACCGAAGAUGUCUUUGGGGGGGUCCCUCCAGACUCACAGAAUGUCUUCUUUUACCAAGGCAAAUACUUCUUCUGCCGGGAUCCCUUCUGCUGGCAAAUGAACCCACAAUACCAAGUGGACCAGGUGGGCUACCUGAAAUACGAUGUCUUGAAAUGCCCCUCCCAGUAGGGACAGGGACCUUCCUCAGGGACACCGGGGGAUUGCCGCCAUCGACUGGAGGCAGCCGUCAGCUGACAACGUGGGAGGCUGGCCCAGGUGGAGGCUGGCAUCCUGCCUUGCAGCGGCAGAGUGGGGGGGGCACUCCAGCUCCCGCCCCUCUUUGCCACCCCCCAGGGCUGCCUGCUGCACAUCAGACUGGCAAAGGCAGAAAGGAGCCUGCUGGGCCACAAUCCUGGUGCAAUGAGUGCCGUGCUCUCUGGACUUGGUGGCAGCCGGAGGGAUUUCCCAGUGGCCAACAAAGACCCCCCCCCAACACACACACACACAGCACAGCGAGCCUCACCCCCCACCCCACCCCAUCUCACGUGGCAGCUUUUGUGUCUUGCUCGUUUGAAAUAAAGAGAUUCCUGCCCACUUUGA